ACCGCUUGCCGCGGCGCAGCGCAUCCGUGUUCCCGGUUGUCGGGGACGCUUCUCGAAUCUGCAAAGGUUCUAUAUACAAACAUACAGUACGCGAUGCAUAGAUGGUGUUCCGGCGAGCCCGGCCGGAGCUCCGGGCGGGCAUCGAUCUUGCAUUCUGCAGUUGCGCCGUGCAGCCCAAAAUUGAAUAUUGAUUAACUGACCUGGCCGUAUGUAGUUUGUAUGUAAUCGCUCUUCUUUGUCCCGGCGCCGCGGCAGGAAGCUGUCUCCAGUGAAUGAGUCGUGAUUUUAACAAUUUCAAUCAAAAUUUUCAUCAAAUAUUUCAAGAUUUAAUGUUAUCGCGUGUGCGAGUUAUCACGUAGAAAUUUCAAGGGAGUAUUUUCGAUAAUCGGAUUAUUAGUAAUCGGAUAAUUGAUCUUAAUUCCAAAUUAAGUGCUGUUAUACAAUGAAUAAUUGUACAACCCAUAAGAUAUCUCUUAACUGUUGUAUCUUUAUUGGCCAAGUAAUUAUUAUUUAUGGCUGAAUUCUGCUGUAUUACAUUCAGUGGGGCUUGAGACUGCGAGUAGUCAACAUGCACCGACCCAUAUUGUUCCUGGUUCUCCUCUCAGGAUGCCUCGCAGAUUCGGGUCAAGAGGCACCUAAACCUGUUUCGACGGAAGUUGGUGGUGAAUUUCUUUUACUUCUGAAUACCUCUGGUAUUGGUCUGACCAGCUGCUUCCUACUGACUCCCAAUGGCGAAUUUGUUGAAGUAAUGCCGACGGAUAAUUCCACCGAUCGAUAUGAAGUCCGAAAGAGUAACGCCUUGUCUGGCUGCUCUGUUACUGUAAAAAAUGCCAAUGAGAACGACGGGGGUGUUUGGGAGAUUUAUUCUGAAUCUUCUGAAGGAGGCAAGGCCAGUUCUCAACGCUGGCUUGUGACUGUCAUUCGGUCCGAAAGUCUUUGUACAGAAUCGUCUCUAGAACAAGAGCUUUUGGAAGACCUCAUUUGGAUGAAAAAAAAACAUAUCCGAGUUGAAGUUAAUUCAAACGUCACUUUAUCUAUCAGCAAAAUGGACUACCAGGACAACUGCACCUUGCAACCACCAGGUGGCACUGCCAUGAAUUUGAAAGAUCUCGUAAUGGAAGGUGUGCACCCUCAUGGCGGUACAAUCAUCGUUGCGUGUGAGGUGGACAUUGGUCCAAUAAAUGAUGCGCUGUUGGGAGUUUGGAUUCUAUGUGGCCAAUACGUCGAGGGAAAUAUCUUGCAUAAAUGGUGUCAGCCCACGACGAUUGAAUAUAAUACCCUGAACAAGCCACGCGCUAGCUGGCAUUCUGAACGACAUCCAAAAUUUAACCAUGCUGUUCAUUUUGGUGGUGUGUUAAAUACGGGCGUAAGAGGCUCUGGCAAAUUAUUGAAUUGUCACGUCGUUACUCCGUUUGGUGAUGACAUCGCUGUCAUCGGCGACACGAACUACCCGUACUUCAAUGUAACAUUGAAUCCAGGACAUCCUGUCUGCGAUGUCGCUAUUGGUCCCAUAGAAGCUAAAUUGCUUGGAGACUGGGAGAUCUAUGCCACGUUCGAUUCCUCAGUUCUAGGUUUUAUGCAUGUUUGCCAGCCGCUAAACCUUUUUCUUUAUGACGAAGAAAACCCUACCAAUCAAGCGUACAAUAUAACGACUCUUGACCAAGUGACCCACGUCGUGAAUAUUGCCAAUACUAUUGAAAUUGAAGUGACCGGAUUUGGAACUAGGGACAAUUGCAUCAUCGCAUUGCCGUCGGGUAUAACUCUCGACCUGAAUACUUUCUCCCCCUCAACUAGCGCGGUCAAAUUUGUGAAGACUGAGAACAGGGUGUGUCGCGCCUCUAUCGGGCCUAUAUCCGAGGAUAUGAUCGGCAUUUGGCAGAUCUCAGGAAAAUUCAGUAAUCAAGGCAAAUAUCACGAAUAUCGUCGGCCCUUUAAGAUUAUUAAAGAAGAUCCUGCCAAUCCGAUAGAAGAAGACCGGAAGGUAACCUAUUUGAAAUCGAAGCGCAUAGUAACCCGUCUCGGAACUACACACGAGGUCAUUAUUGGCAAGAGUUUCGCAUUCGAAAAUUGCCAUGUUAGAACUCCUGCAAACUUGCAGUUCAAGAUCAUGGAAGGAUUUAAAGUCCCCAACGUUAAAGUUUUGGAGGACGACAGCAUCAAUUGCGGCAUAUCAAUCUACAUUGAAUCAGAGGCAGAAGUGGGAACUUGGACGCUCAUUUCUAGAGAAGGUUUUAACUCGAACGCGGAACGUCGUUUACAGUUCACUGUCGACGUCAACGAGGAAGUCGGAGUAGUUCCUGUAGCGAGUACUGUUGCAGAAGGUAACGAUUUACAUAUCCGUCUAGAAAGGCCUUCGGCUUUACCAGAUACUUGCGAAGUUAUAGGACCAGCUUCGGAUCGGAAAGUACAAAAAGAUGAAAACUUCAUCGAUGAAUGUGGCUACAUCAUCAAAAAUGUCACUUUUAAUGACAACGGCCAAUGGAAAAUCGUAUACGGGCAGAAAAUACAUUACAUAGGCGUUGUUGAUAUCUCAGUCGUCGGUCGCACGAGUAGUGGUGUUGAGAACUUUGUUUGGGUAAACGAUAGGGCGGUGAGCCUAAACGUAGGGCCGGAGGAUGCUGUUUAUUGUAAGAUCGAGGACCCGGCUGGGUCUGUGGUGUCUGACAAACUCGGUCGCUGCGCUAUCAAAGUCGACCGCGUCAGUUCAAAACACGAUGGCACUUGGUUUAUGACAAUUGGCAUGCCGGGACGAAUUCUCACAGAGAGACACUCCUUCACUGUUACUAUUAGGGAACCCGUUUCCAAGGCGGAGGUGCGCACCCGUGUGGAGAAGAGCCGGCCCUACGUGACGUUACUGUGUUCCGUGGCAGUCCAGAGCAAAGUGACUGCGUGUAAGUUCAGGGGCCCCUCAGGCCGCGUGCUGCUCGCCUCCGAAGGCGUCGGCGAAGAUCGGUACUCCUUCCACGGUGUCGGCGUACGGUUCGAUGCAAACGUGACGAACCACGAAUGUGGUUUACGCAUUACCGUGCCGCUGGCGCAGGACCUAGGGCUGUGGCGCUGCGCUGUGAAGACGGACACGGACACGUUCUAUGGAUUCCUCGCUGUCCUUUGCCCCUGGGUUGCACCCGCACCAGGCGUUCAAAGAGAACCAACUCUCAUAGCUGAUAAGGAAUUGGUAACUGGUUACGAGGGCGACGCCGUGACCAUGUCUUGCACCAUACAAUCUGCGAUUAAGUACUGCUAUUUUCGGGCUCCAAACGGCACUACAUACAGCGUCAGCCCCGGUACGAAACAUCCCCUCAUGGAGUAUGUAGGCGCAGGAUUUGAUGCUGGAGAAUGUGGUAUACGGUACAAAGGCCUAACCUCGCCCGUCAACGGACACUGGAACAGCGAAACCUGGAGCUGCCACGUCGGACUUCUUAACGUCUCCAAACCUGAACAACGCGCCACCAUGACCCUUGAUAUGAUAGAGUUACUGACGGUGGAGCAACAAGGCGGAUGGGGGCAAGAAGAGGUAACGGUGACGAUGCGCGUUGCCGGCACUCGUCCCCUCGACUACUGCCGUUUCGUCAGGAUCGAUGGAUUUGGCUUCACUGUGGACAACGUACCCGAUCUCUACUCGGUGGAAGAUCUCCGUUCCAUUGGCCAGUGCACGCUCCGGAUUCCUGAUCCCACGAUGCUCGAUGUUCAUCCGUGGACCUUGGCAGUGCGUAUACGUGGUCAGGACGUCGAAAUCCUUAAGAGCACCACAUUCAAGCACGGGGGAAUAAACACGACGACUCCUGCGCCUACCACCGAGCCUACGGCUACCACCGACCCUACAGCUUCAACUGAACCUACGCCUACGACAUCCGGGCAACAUGAUUUUAUAACCAUUAAAAUUAUUCCCGUCAGACAAACCAUGUUAUUCUUGCUUCUGCUGCCAAUUUUGAUAUUCAGCCUGGUCUUCUCUUGCUUCCGAAUAUUCCGCAUAUUUACUGCCGAUCGCGCCGAACAGAAGGCGAUCUUGCACACGACAUUAGAUACCGACAUAUACCAUAUUAAAAACUAAAAAGAAAAUUACGUAUAAUCAACGUUAUUUACAUAUUAAUCAUCAAUAUAAUAAUAUAAUUAAUGUACUUACUUCUUAAAAUAGUCAAAAAGUUCACAUAUAAACAUAUAAAAUGGUUUAAAAGUGAUCGAAUGUGUUUUUGCAUCGAACAAACUGUUAAAUUAUGGAAUUAAUUACAUACUUGUGUUCAUCGCUAAACUGGUGGGUUAAUUUGCCAAGCCAUUCGUUAUUACCAAAACUGGAAUUAGUAUAAUAUUUAAUAGAUAUUAAUUUAAAUUUUAACAAAUAUUUUAAUGUCCAUUUAUAGGACAGUUCUUAGAAAGUAAAGCGAUCCACUAAGUUGUGUGAUUGCAAUUUGAAAUGUAGUAGGUAGUAGACUCCCUAAACCUGUGAUUCUUGGCCUCUUUCGGCCUGUUUACCUGAUCAUCUUUUUGAUUAAUAAUUUUUUUUGAUAAAUAUAUACAUAUCGAUUUAUAUUAUAAUCCAAGUAUUUUAAAAAAAUACUAUUUAUUUGUGAUAUGAACAAUAUGUAUUUGUAAAAUGCAUUAAUGUUCGUCCUUAACUCUUUAGGCCAGUGGCCGAGAGCACAAAAAGGGCCAUAUACUCGCAAAAAGUGGUGUGGUGUAGUGGUCACGCGCCUUACAGACACGUCGCCUGUAGCGAUUCUGGUAAAAAACA